AUGGAUUGGAAGAAAAGUCUAAAAGAAAAACUGGAACGGGAUAACAAAGCUAGAAGAAGUGAGGCAGAGAUGAAGGAUGAAGAAAUGGCCCUGUUUACUAAAUUUUACUCCGAGAGUAAUGGAUGCCAGAAGGUGUCAAAUUCCUUGAAUAUUCCUCGAUUCUACUACAGGCUACCAGCAGAAGAUGAGGUGUUACAGCAGAAGCUACGAGAAGAGUCGCGAGCUGUAUUUCUGCAGAGGAAGAGUCGAGAAUUGCUAGAUAAUGAGGAGCUACAGAAUCUCUGGUUUCUUCUGGACAAGCAUCAAUCACCUCCUAUGAUUGGUGAUGAAGCCAUGAUUAACUAUACCAACUUCCAGACUGUUGGGGAAAAGGCUGGACAAAAAUGCAGACCAUUUUUUACUGCAAAAGUAUUCAGCAAACUUGUACACAAUGAUCCAUAUGGCAGAAUUUCCAUUAUGCAGUUUUUCAACUAUGUAAUGAGAAAAGUGUGGCUACACCAGACAAGGAUAGGGUUAAGCUUGUAUGAUGUGGCUGGACAAGGCUACCUCCGAGAGUCAGACUUGGAGAAUUACAUCCUUGAGCUUAUUCCCACUCUGCCUCAGUUAGACGGUUUGGAGAAAUCUUUUUAUUCUUUCUAUGUUUGUACAGCUGUCCGAAAGUUCUUUUUCUUUCUUGAUCCUCUGAGGACAGGAAAGAUAAAAAUACAAGAUAUAUUAGCCUGUAGCUUUUUGGAUGAUUUACUGGAGCUGCGAGAUGAAGAACUUUCUAAAGAAAGUCAGGAGUCCAAUUGGUUUUCUGCUCCUUCUGCAUUAAGAGUCUAUGGUCAAUAUCUUAAUCUGGAUAAAGAUCAUAAUGGAAUGCUAAGCAAGGAAGAACUGUCCCGUUAUGGUACUGGAACCUUGACCAGUGUAUUCUUAGAUCGAGUCUUCCAGGAAUGUCUGACAUAUGAUGGGGAGAUGGAUUACAAGACAUACUUAGAUUUUGUCUUAGCUUUGGAGAACAGGAAGGAGCCAGCAGCCCUGCAGUACAUAUUCAAACUUCUUGACAUCGAGAACAAAGGCUACCUGAACGUCUUUUCUCUUAACUACUUUUUUUCAGCAAUUCAAGAACAAAUGAAGAUCCAUGGUCAGGAUCCAGUUUCUUUUCAGGAUGUAAAGGAUGAAAUCUUUGACAUGGUCAAACCAAAGGAUCCUUUAUGCAUCACUCUUCAGGAUCUCAUUCAGAGCAGCCAAGGAGAUACUGUGUGUAGUAUUCUUAUUGAUCUGAAUGGUUUCUGGACCUAUGAAAAUCGUGAGGUGCUGGUAGCUGCUGAUGGAGAGAGCCCUGCGGACAUUGAUGAUACAUAA